AGAACAAGCAGGAUCAUGUUAAAGGCGGUCGUCAUCGCUUUGUGCCUCGUCCAGUGGGCCAGCUGCCAGUUCCCGCAGUUCCCGCAGCGAUUUCUUCCGCAGGCGUUGCCCAAGCCCGUGCUCGUACCAGUGGUGACCGGUGGCGGUGGAGCAGGGAGUCCCCUGGGCUGGUCACCGUACAGUUUCUCGUACGACGCGCCGGGCGUGGACGGCUCGAGCAGCCGAAGCGAGUCCGGCGACGCCCAGGGUCGGGUCACGGGCUUCUACACCAUCACCACGGCGGAGGGGUCGCGACGCCGCGUCAGCUACGUUGCCGACGAGAACGGAUUCCGCGCCACCGUCGACACCAACGAGCACGGCACAGCCGACGAGUCGCCGGCCGACGUCGUCUGGAGGUCGACCGCGCCCAAGGUUCACGGCGGAGGCCUGACGAGACCAGCGGGUGCUGCCGGAGCCCAGGCCGCCUUCUAUCCAGCUGGAGGACAGCAGCAGCAGCAAGCCUUCCAGUAUCCCUUCUCCAAGGCGUGAUGAGACCCGGAAGUUAGAGCUUCCGCGGUUAAAGCUACGAAUCGAGACGAGUGCAUUAUGAAGAGAGGCCGAAUGCGGGCCGGCCUGCGUCGCACGUGCAUGGGACUCGCAGGCGGAGUCGGUUGCGCGAGCGCUUGUAUUGCGGUCAUGUGACACGAAUGG